AUGCCUGAUGAAAAGCGCGAAGCGAUUCCAGCCAUCGGGUUCUAUCCGCAUGAACCCAUCAGUACUGGAACUACCCUCAUAGCUAUGGAAUUCAAUGGUGGCGUAGUUGUUGGCACGGACUCAAGGACUAGUUCAGGCUCUUUCAUCGCCUCUCGUGCCACGAACAAAAUCACGCCCAUUACGGAUCAUUUGGUGGUAUGUCGUUCCGGUACCGCUGCCGACACUCAAGCCAUUGCUGAUAUUGUCAAGUACCAUCUUGAAGUUUAUACAAUGCUGGAACAAGAACCUGUCAGUAUAUACCGAGCUACACAAAUUUUCCGUAAAUUCCUUUAUAACUAUCGUGACCAGUUGUCUGCAUCAGUGCUUGUUGCUGGUUGGGAUGAAAAAUGUGGAGGACAGCUUUAUGCCCUGCCUAUUGGUGGUUUUGUAACUCGACAAAAAUCUACUGCUUCCGGUUCAGGGUCCACAUUUGUGCAGGGAUUUCUCGAUAAUGCAUGGAAACCAAAUCUGUCAAGGGAAGAGUGCAAAGCUAUUGUUAAGCAAGCUGUUGGACUUGCAACUUUCCGUGAUGGGUCUUCCGGUGGUGUAGUGCGUAUAGCAGUGAUUGACAAGUCGGGUACGAAAAUGGAGCUAUUCCGUCCUGACAAACCAGGUUUCCCGUUCGUUAAGCCUCCAAGUGCUCAUCUUUCCUUCCCUCCUCAUCUCGAGCAAGCCGAGGUGUAA